CCGCCGCCGCCGCCGCCGUCCCCGCUACCACCUCCUCCGCUCGGCCCCGGUCCCCGUGCGGCCCGGCCGGCCCGCGGGGAGCGGAGCCCAGGUCCGCGGCCGGCCGCAUGAAGGACUGCGAGUACCAGCAGAUCAGCCCCGGGGCCGCCCCGCCGCCCGCCUCCCCCGAGGCGCGCCGCCCCGGCCCCGCCUCGCCCCCCGGCCCGGGCCCCGGGCCCCCGCCGCCCGCCACCGCGCCGCGCUGGAGCAGCAGCGGCAGCGGCAGCGGGAGCCUCGGCCGCCGCCCGCGGCGCAAGUGGGAGGUGUUCCCGGGCCGCAACCGCUUCUACUGCGGCGGCCGCCUCAUGCUGGCCGGCCACGGCGGCGUCUUCGCACUCACGCUGCUGCUCAUCCUCACCACCACCAUCCUCUUCUUCGUCUUCGACUGUCCUUUUUUGGCCCGCCACCUGACCCUCGCCAUCCCCAUCAUUGCUGCCAUCCUGUUUUUCUUCGUCAUGAGCUGCCUGCUGCAGACAAGUUUCACCGACCCCGGAAUCCUGCCCCGAGCCACCGUCUGUGAGGCAGCCGCCCUGGAGAAACAGAUCGACAACACAGGCAGUUCCACGUACCGGCCGCCCCCGCGGACCCGGGAGGUGAUGAUCAACGGGCAGGUAGUGAAGCUGAAGUACUGCUUCACCUGCAAGAUGUUUCGGCCGCCCCGGACUUCACACUGCAGUGUCUGCGACAACUGUGUGGAACGAUUUGACCAUCACUGCCCCUGGGUGGGCAACUGUGUGGGGAAACGGAACUACCGCUUCUUCUAUGCAUUCAUUCUCUCCCUCUCAUUCCUGACGGCCUUCAUCUUCGCCUGUGUGGUCACCCACCUGACGCUGCGCUCUCAGGGAAGCAACUUCCUCUCCACUCUGAAGGAGACACCAGCGAGCGUGCUGGAGUUGGUGAUCUGCUUCUUCUCCAUCUGGUCCAUCCUGGGCCUCUCAGGGUUUCACACUUACCUCGUCGCCUCCAACCUGACAACUAAUGAAGACAUCAAAGGCUCGUGGUCCAACAAGAGGGGUGGCGAGGCCUCUGUCAACCCCUACAGCCAUAAAAGUGUCAUCACCAACUGCUGUGCUGUGCUCUGUGGCCCUCUGCCUCCCAGCCUGAUUGACCGGAGGGGAUUUGUGCAGUCCGACACCGUGUUGCCCUCGCCCAUCAGAAGCGACGAGCCAGCCUGUGGAGCCAAGCCCGAUGCCAGCAUGGUAGGAAGCCUCCCAUGAACCGGGCUCAGUACUUGCCACCUGCUGGCCUGUCUGCCCCUCCGCACUCACCUGCCACCCUCCACACCUGCCAGGACCUCCUCCCCAUUCCACCCGAAGGGAAGCAGAGCCGCCCAAGACUGCUUGAGUCUUUUCGUAUUUAUUUCCCACCCUGCGUGGCUUUCCCCACACUGUGCCAUGGCUGUACCCUCUGCUCCCCAGACCAGGUUUACACGGCCGGGGGCCCUAAAUUCCCCCAGCUGGUCAGUGGCAGGAGUGACAGGAGAGAGAGGCCAGGGCCCCUGAGGCCGCCCAGCGGACCACGCCAGGCCUCUGCCCAGCUGUGCCCUGUGUGUGAGGCUGCGGACUGAGUGUGACGCCUCCUGGGUAGGGCAGCUGCUGGGCCCUGCUGAGCCGGGGUCCGAGGGGUGAAGCCGGACCCAGGAGAAGUCGGCUCUGGACAGCAGACUGUCAGAGAGGAUGCCUCUGGGGGCUGCUUGGGCGUCUGGGCCCCUUCCUUCUGGGAUAGCCAUCGUUCGUUCUUCCGUUUUUGUUUUUGUAUGGAGUCGGCCAGUAGACUAGAGCUGGGGCUCCAGGUAGAGAGGGCAGAGUUGGGGGUGAGUGGGGGGAGCAGCCUGCGUCAGAGGAAGCCAAAUCAGCCAGCCAGGCACCCGAGACCUCAGCUCCUGCAUGAUUCCUGGGCAGCAGACUAGGAAGGGGGCGCCUCACCCCCCUCUGCCCACGGAGGGUUCUCCAAGGGCCCAGCCUGGCCCCCCCAGCCCACCUCUCUCCCAGGUCAGGUCUGGGGAUGGGCAGGUUUUACUCAUGCUGGCAAUACUUGAAACGGGUUUAUUAAUGCUGGGUAUUUUGCACAAUUUUAUAGACCUUUUUUCUACAUAGCAUUUUUUUACGGAAGAAAAAAAAAAGUCAGCCACAUUGCUAUCUAUGUAGUGCCAGGUGAAGGGUUAUCAGAAGGCACCUUGGUUUUAAUAAGUUUAUUACAAGAGACCUUCUGGCUGUGAGUGAGUGUGUGUGUGCGCGCGCGUGUGUGCUCUGGUAUGAAUGUGACUGGCUCCCGCACCCCCUGGGUUGCCUCACUCUCCGCCAUCGCCCUUGGGUGCCAGCCGGUGGUGGCAGCAGCAGGAGCAGCCUGAGCCCUGGGGACGGGGAGUGUGUGCGUUGGUCACAGGAGACCCCUGGGCUCCUGCUGCAGCCCAGCCCAUCCUUCUUGCCCUCCUCCAAGGACCUCAAACAGUGGCUGGGACUCAGCCACCCAGCCCCCAGGUCAGGCUUCCAGCUGGGACCUGCCCAGACAGGCUGGGGCCUGGUCAGGUGGAUGGGGUAAUGGCUGUGGGGAGUGGCUGCCUUGCCACACCCCCUCCUCCUGGAUCUUGACUAUGGGACCCAGCGCCAGGGGCUAGAGCAUGGCCAACUGAGGACCUCCCUCCGGGAAGGACCAGGGUGGGCUGAAAUGAGUGAAGGUUGGCCUAAAUCUGGGCCAGAAACUUAGAGGAUGGCCCUCCUCUCCUGGGAGCGAUAGUUUCUUGUCAAAAUAGAUAGGAAAUUGUCCCUCUGUCCCCCUCCUUGGCCCUCUAAGAGGGCUGAAAAGGACAUAGGAAGUCCCCGCACCUUGUCCUUCCUUGCUGCAGAGGCUGGUGGGUCACAGGCAGCUGAGAAGUCGCAACCACCCGAAGUCCCCUCUGGGAGAAACCACUUCGCCCCAGCCUCAGGGCCCUUGGGCCCUCCCUGCUGAAGUGGGAGUGAGGGGUGGGGAGGAAGCUGGCUAGAGGAGGGGACUCCUACCUGCCUUUUAUUUAAGCCAGUAUUCUUUGUUCCUGCUUGUAAUAAAAUUUUUGUUUUUAAGAA